CAAAACAUUUGAUUGAGUCAUUAGUCAAAAUAGUUGAAACUACAAAGGUGAUAAUUAACCAGAAAUAAAAUCAUGUCAUCAGUUACAGCAACGUCUUCACUAGUUGCUCCAACCACUAACACCAACUCCAAUUCUUCUAGACGUUCUGCAAAUUAUCACCCCGACAUUUGGGGGGAUCUUUUUAUUCAAUAUGAUGAUAAGGAACCUAUGGAAUUGGAUGAAAUAAUGAAGGAGGUUAUAAUGCUAAAAGAAAAGGUGAGUGAGAUGUUACUUCCUAUAAAUGAGAAUGCCAGAAGUCCUUUGAGGGAAGCUAAUUUGAUCGAUUCAAUCCAACGUUUGGGGUUAUACCAUCAUUUUGAGCACGAGAUUGGAGAAUUAUUGCGACAAAUUCACAAUAAUUAUGUUGAAAAUGGAACAAUAACUCUUAACGAAGACCUUCAUUCUAUUGCACUUGUCUUCAGGUUGCUAAGGCAACAAGGAUAUCACAUUUUGACAGAUGUUUUUAAGAAGUUCAAGAAUGAGCAAGGGAACUUCAAAGAAACACUUAUUGGUGAUGUUGAGGGAAUGAUAAGCUUGUACGAAGCAACACAUAUGAGGAUUCAUGGAGAGGACAUAUUAGAUGAAGCACUUUCUUUCACUUCUUUAAACCUUAAAAUGAUGGCAACUCAACUAAAUCCUUCUCUUGCUACAAAAGUUAAUCAUAGCUUAAAACGACCACUCUUCAAGAACUUGCCCAGGCUAGUGGCAAGGCAUUACAUUUCCAAUUAUGAAAAAGACUCCUCACAUGAUGCAACAUUGCUAUUACUUGCCAAAUUAGACUUCAAUUUGCUUCAAAAACAACAUCAGAAAGAAAUUGGCAAUAUUUCAAAGUGGUGGAAAGAUUUAGAUUUUGAAACAAAACUGCCCUUUGCACGCAAUAGAAUAGUUGAAGCUUACUUUUGGAUAUUGGGAGUGUAUUUUGAGCCACAAUACUCAAUUGGUAGAAGGAUCUUGACCAAGGUGAUAUCCUUGGCGUCAGUAAUUGAUGAUAUAUAUGAUGUUUAUGGUACAAUAGAAGAGCUACAACUUUUCACUCAAGCAAUUGAAAGGUGGGAUAUAAGUUGCAUGGAUUUUCUACCAGAUUACAUGAAAUUUUGCUAUAAAGCCGUUUGGGAUGUUUAUGAAGAAAUGGAGCAAGAGAUGGCCAAGGAAGGCAGAACAUUUUGUGUAGUCUAUGCCAAAAAUGAAAUGAUAAGAUUGGUCCAAGCCUACUUUACUGAGGCCCAAUGGUUCAGUAAAAAUUAUAUACCAACUGUGGAAGAAUACAUGGCUCUCGGAAUAGUAAAUUCUGGUUACUAUCUAGUCACAACAAUAUCUUUCAUUGGAAUGGGAUGCAUUGCUAAGGAAGAGAUUUUCCAAUGGUUAACCAAUAACCCCAAAAUUGUUAAUGCUACAGCAAUAAUUGCCAGGCUCAUGGAUGAUAUUGUUUCCAAUGAGUUUGAGCAGGAGAGAGGGCAUGGUGCCUCUGCUAUUGAGUGUUACAUAAAUGAACAUGGUGUAUCUAGAGAAGAUGCAAUUAAUGUUCUUCAAAGAAAAGUGACAAAUGCUUGGAAGGAUACCAAUGAGGAACUUCUUGAUCCAACUCAAGUGCCUAAGCCUCUUCUUAUGCGAGUUCUCAAUUUGUCACGUGUCAUUGAUGUGCUUUACAAAGAUGAAGAUUGUUACACUAACUCCCAAGGAUCAACAAAGAAUGACAUUAUAUCUAUCUUAUUGAAUCCAUGUUCAAUAUGAAAAAGGGAUAUCACUAGCUUCUUAAUUAAUUGUACAUCUUAUGCACACUACAAUUGCAAUAUAUUUUGGCAUAGUCAAGGUUUCUAGCUAGCUUGUGUUAUCAAAAUCCAAAAUGUGGAAAUGAUGAGUUUGUAAAAUAACAUAUGUAAGCUAUUAUUUGAAAUCAAAGUUAGGAUUAAUAAUAUUUUGACAAAA